CUUCCUUCGUCAGACCUGUACUUGACUUGUCAUCAAGUUUUGGUGGCAGCGCCGGGAAAAUAUUUAAUCUAAAUCUCAUUUUAACCUAUCGUAUUCCCUUUCAGAUACUUGGGGUGCUGUGGUACUUCAUCACGACAGUAUCGUGCGACAUCGCCCCCGGAAUAAAUGCCUAUUUACCCCCCGUAAAACCCGAUUUUCCCCAUCAAAAGCCGCCACCUGAGCCACCCUAUUUACCUCCUAAACUACCAACCCCUAGUCCACCAGCCCCCACACCUAAAAUAUACGUGCCUCCUGUCCCGCCUCAAAGACCACCAACUCCACCCCCUCCGCCAAGGCCUCCAUUACCGCCUUCAAGACCUCCAAUCCCGCCGCCAGUUUAUCCACCACCCAGACCUUCAAUACCCCCCGUAGGACCUCCGGUACGACCGCCACCUAGACCUUCUCCAAGGCCUCCGCCGUACCUGCCCCCCAUUCCAGGUCCUGGACCACGACCACCAGCACCUCCACCACCCACUCCCCGCCCACCCAGUUUUCCUGGGCCUGCACCUUAUCCGCCACCGGGUCCGCCAUCAUUUCCCGGACCAACACCGAAACCGCCAGGUCGUUAUGUUCCUCCACCGUCAGGACCUGGGCCUAGACCUACGCCAGGACCCACCCCUCGGCCACCUCAGAUUCCAGGACCGGGACCUAAGCCACCAGGUCCUUAUAUUCCUCCACCAGGCCCACGAAAUCAACCUCCAGGUACCGGAGGGGGCGAGGUAAAUUCAAUAUCAAAAUUAUUAAAUUUCAAAGUCUGCGUCCAGGAUAUCCCGGUGGUACACCUGGCAGACCAUCUAUACCAUCACAACCACCAGGACGUCCAUUCACCCCAGGAGGCCCUAGUCCGGGUUAUCCAGGAGUACCAUCGAUACCAACAGGCCCCCCUGGUCGCCCAUUUAUUCCAGGAGGACCCAGUCCUGGCUAUCCGGGUGUACCGUCUGCACCAUCCCCAGGGCGACCUUUUACCCCAGGAGGGCCCGGUCCUGGAUAUCCAGGAAGACCAACAUCUCCGGGACGACCCUAUACCCCAGGAGGACCCGGUCCUGGAUAUCCAACUGGUAGACCGAGCAUACCAAGUCGGCCAUCACAACCAGGAGGCUACACACCUGGAUACCCUUCUAGCAGGCCCCCUUCACCUCCACCUGACCGACCGUCAAUACCAGGAGGAUAUAGACCCGGAUAUCCCUCUAGCAGGCCCCCCUCCCCACCCCCUAGUCGACCGUCAACACCACGAGGUCCACCGCCAACUCAACGCUACACUCCUACCACCGGUGGUUAUGAUUACCCAAAACCAACAGGUCCUCAGUUCCCAACCAGGCCUCCAGCGAGGCCAUCAACGCGACCUCCGGCAUAUCCGACUGGACCUCCUGCGAGACCCCCGACAUACCUCCCACCGGCUAGACCCACCCCGCCUACCAGUACGGGACAACCCUAUACGCCUGGCGGGGGAUACGACUACCCCAAGCCACCAAAUCGAUUCGAAGACGGCCAAAAGUACACCCCCGGCGGGGGGUACAAGUACUAGAAAUCAGUAUUAAUUCUAUUGCUAAUGCAAGACUUUGUAUUUUCGAGCAUAUCAUCAAAUCAAAUUUAAUGGCAACACCGCACCAAGUGCAAUUAAGGGAUGCUAGUAAAAUAACCUAACGAAAA